UGACUCAGCAGCAGUGCGGGCUGUUGAACGGAUGGCUUGGGUGCCUCUCUUUCCCGGAUCACUGGCAGUUGGUGGGGAAGCCCCUUGGGCAGCCGUGGGUGAUGAAACCUAUCACAGCAGCAGGAGAAUGGGACUGACCGCGAACUCUCCAGCCCCCCACGCCCUCCCCUUCCUUCCUCUCCCAGGGCCUCAAAGGCUGGCAGGAGGAAGCACAGGCAGCAACCGACUGGGCAGCCCUCCCGAGAACAUGCAGCCACUCCUGCUCCUGAUGGCCUUGCUCCUGCCACCCGGGGCUCGGGCAGGGGAGAUCAUCGGAGGCCAAGAGGCCAGGCCCCAUUCCCGCCCCUACAUGGCGUAUAUGCAUAUCCAAAGUGCACAGGGUCAUAAUACUUGUGGAGGGUUCCUGGUGCGAAAAGACUUUGUGAUGACAGCAGCUCACUGCUUCGGAAGGCAAACAGUUGUCAUCUUGGGAGCCCAUAACAUCAGGAGGUUUGAACGGACCCAGCAGCGCAUACCUGUGCUCAGAGCCAUCCCCCACCCCAGACACAAUCCGCAAAAUAACCUGAACGAUAUCAUGUUACUUCAGCUGGCAAACAGAGCCAGACAAAAUCGAUUCGUCAGGCCAGUGGCUCUGCCUCGGACCCAAGCCAGGCUGAGUCCUGGGGCCCGGUGCACUGUGGAUGGCUGGGGCCUGGUGAACCUGAGCAGGAGAACAGACACACUCCAGGAAGUGCGGCUCACAGUGCAGAGGGAUGGGGAGUGCCACCGAUGCUUCAGAUCCUACAAUGGCUGGACCCAGAUGUGUGUGGGGGAUCCAAGGGAGAGAAAGUCCGCCUUCUCCGGGGACUCCGGAGGGCCCCUCGUGUGUGGCCGGGUGGCCCAGGGCAUUGUCUCCUAUGGAAACAGACAGGGGACACCCCCAGAAGUCUUCACCAGGGUUUCCAGCUUCCUGCCCUGGAUAAGGAGAACAAUGAGUCGCUUUCAACAGCGGGGCCAGGCUGAGAUCCCCCUGUGAUUGACCGUCCUUCUCUGGGGCAGAGGCCGGCUCCAGGGCACUUCCAGAGGCUUAAUAAAUGUCCACAUCUAGAGUGGAAUAUCUGAUCUCUCGUUUGUUCAUUAAACAUGAUUCGG